AAAGAGGUGUUGACUUUUAGUCAAACACUUCAGAAAACACAGGGAGCUCCGGUGGAGAUUUCUCAUGCCUUGAGCUCUUCAAUUUCCUCCAACAUUAUCUCUCUCCUCAUCGGAAGAAGACUUCGAAAAGAUGUAGAAGCGGACAAAGUGCAGUUGUCAGUUGAAUUUUCGGAUGUCUCUUUCACUUACAUGGGGCCUUCGAAUGCAGUGUCGCUUGUGCCUGGGCUGAGGAAAGUGUUCGAAUUCUUUAAAAUAGCUGGCUACGACAGAGCAGCUCACAUUAUCAAAAGCUUCUGCAGUUUUGUAAAAGAGGAAAUUUCACGACAUAAAACAUCUCCCGAAUUUCAGGAUGUUCAUGAUUUUAUAAACUCCUAUCUUGAAAAGCAGUCAAAAAUGAUGGCAUCUGAAAAAAUAAAGCAUUAUUUCUCAGAAAGAAAUUUGGAAGGAAAUUUGAAUAUAUUAUUUCUGGCGGCCAGUGAUACCAUAUUUAGCUCUUUAGGAUGGCUUCUGCGGCUAAUGACAAAGCACAGAGAUAUUCAGCAAAAAGUUUAUACCGAGCUAAUGGAGGUUCUGGGUAAAGACGGAAUAGCCAGAUAUGAAGAGCGCCACAAAAUACCUUAUACUUUCGCUGUCGUGAUGGAGGCUCAGAGGUACUCAAGUAUAGUUCCUCUAAGCACCACCAGGAGCGCAAAUCAGGAUUUUCAAAUCAGAGGAUUAAUAAUUCCUAAAGGAGCAGAAAUUGUGGCCAAUCUGUGGGCCCUGCAUAACGAUCCGAAUUACUGGGAAGAACCAGAAAAAUUUAAACCUGAAAGAUUCUUGGCUGACGAUAAUACAACACUCAUUAAGCAACCGAAGAGUUAUGCUCCUUUCUCAAUUGGCAGGAGAAACUGCCCGGGUGACGAUAGCUUGGAUGGAAAUUCUGGCCUAUUUCUCGGAAUUAAUUAAGCGAUUCGAAAUAUCCACUCCACUAGGAGUCGAACCCCACUUCGAAAUUGUCAACGGACUAGUAGAACAUCUAAAGCCACAAUCCCUAAGUUUCAGAGAAAGAAACACGCAGAGUUAACUUUUAAUUCUUUAGAUUGCAACACAAAAUGUACAAUAAAUUCUAGCCAGUUUCAAAAAAUAAUUUUAAUAAGUUUCAAAAUGCAUCCACAGCAGAACUGAUUUUUAAAUUUAUAGUUCCAUGAAAAAUAGAACCGAGGGAAAAACAAACAUGAAAUCAUUUGGAUAAAGAAAAUGAAGUUUUAAUUAAAAAAUUCUCGAAAGAUGCGACGAAAUAUUUUUAUUAUGAAUUUCUGUAAAAUUAUAGCAUACAAUAAAUAAAAUUAAAAUUUUCUUGAAGCCAUUUUCAUGUUGUUAUGAAAAUAUAUUGCACGUUGUACGCAAAGUUUACGUGAUUUUUUGGAAAUUAUUUAUGAAGUUGUUAAUUUAUGAAUAUUCUUUCGCUACUUGCAGUUGCUUCAAUAAUGCUUAGUUCUUUUUUCCAGAUGUGAAUACUGUUAUUCAAAUGUUAGCUUCGAAAAUUUUAACAAAGGCCUCUCACUUUAUCUUAUAAAAUAAACAUUUUCCUUCUUUC